UAGUGAGUGCCAAGUGUUGCUCCUGUCCUCCACAGUGCCAGACUCAGCUGGCUGGCACUGCCCCCUCCUUAGUGUUGCUUAACCCUGACAUAAACUCAUUAGUGAAAGUAUAACGAACACAACGUUCUAUCGACUCAGCAACUAAUCAGCAGUUUGUUUUUAAAGUGCAGAAACACCAGUGUAAACAGUGCUCCGAGGCAGUCUUAUAAACCUCCAGUAGAUUCGUGAGAGGAUAGUGGAAUGCUGGUGUGAGAUGGUGGUGUGAGUGGUGUGUUAGUGAUGGUGGCUAACAGCUUGUUCCGGGCUGGUGUGCCCGCCCUGUGAUGACCCCAACACCGCCCGCCGCCCUCACAACCAGGAGAAGGGGCCGGGCCCCUAUUGGGUGGCCCUGGGCCGGACCCCCAUGUGCUGGUGGUCGCCGCGAGCCCCAGGGAACGUGAUGCGUGAGAUUGGAGACAGUGGGCGUUGCAACGGCGGACCAGCGGCGCCCCGGGAGCUUAGCGGCGGCGUGGGCGGCGGUGCGGGGGACGCUCCAGGUGGGCAGCAGCUGGGACAAGACGACCCCGAGGAGACCACGCCCCUCACUCUCCUGGCCGGGGACCCCCCUGACAAAGACCUGACCGACAUCAACAGCCUCCUGGACAACAUCCACAAGCUGGGGGGCCGCGGGGACAGCAUCCCCCUGCGGUCCUUCACACCUGGACCUGACGUAGAGACCACCACCCCGCGCCGCCACACGCCCGUCUCCCAGACCAGGGCUUCGCACAGCCGCAAGCCCAGUACUUCUUCUUCUGAUGAGAUCAUCGAGGUUGAACCCCGUGCGGCCGCUCAAGUAAGUAAAUCCUUUCUUUUAUUACCUAAAUAAUACUUGCAUGUGUUGGUAGCGCACUCAGCUCACACAAUGAGGUCCGUGGUUCGAUCCCCGGUACGGGUGGA